AUGAUGACCUCAGUGGCUUCAGAACCUCAACCAGCCUCCAUAUUUGAACCCAUCAUCAAAGCGACCACGAUUGACCGUCAUCCCACGAAACAAGUCAACUGGCAUACCGAACCGACUGCUCAACUGCCCUCCAUCAAGAUCAACUUAACUGGCGGCUGUAUCGAACAGAAGGCCUCUCCUCCACCGAGGCCAAUGUCUCCACCGGCUCUGUCACCACUUGAUUAUCAAACUUUCCACCAAGACGAUGAAUUAGCGCAACCUGACCAUCUCCGACGGGCCUACACCCCCAUGACUUCAGCUGCUGCAGAUCCAGGGUUGCAGAAUCGUAGGUUGCAAAAGCCACCGCGUUCACCAGGGCUCGGCUGGCUGCAACCAGCCACCAACGAUGAGGCAGCCCUCGAACUAAGCGACUAUGAGAACCUGGGCGGACCUAGGAUAAGAGUAAUUCAUUUUCUAUCUCUCGGUUUUUUCCCUUUAGUGCGUACGCACUUAAGUGUACUAGACCUAGAAUAG